AUGAUUAAUCAAAUAAAUCAUAAUUCAUCUGAAUAAUAUUAGAAUGAAUUAACUUCAACAAAAACAAACCCUUAUUAAACAAAAAAUAUACAAGAUGCAUCUGUUUAAGUUGAAUUUUCAAACGCAUAGUUGAUGAAAAUCAUAGAUGAAAUAGAUAAAAUUCAUUAAUAAGAAAAAAAAGCAUUACUUGAACAAAUCAAUUACUUAGAAAAAAAACUGUAAUAAACAAAAGCAAAACAAUUAAUUUUAUGUAUUAAUGAAGUUAAGAACAUAUACCUUAAUUAGAUUGAAAUAAAUAAACCAACUCGUAUGGCAUUGGAUUCUCUAGAGUAACUUAUUAAUGAAAAGCAACAUUAUGAAGUAUCAGAUCUUAAAUAUCGACUUCACUAAGCUGAGAAAGUUUUAAAAUUACCUAUGGCAGAAUUUAAAACAUACCCUGUAGAAAAACUUGUGAAUUCUAUAAAGAAGUGUCAAUAAUUUGAAUCUGAAAAUACUAACUUAGCUAAUAUUUUAGAAGAAUUAAAUUAAGCUGAUGAUCAUUGGAACUAAAUUUAAAAGGAUCUAUAUGAUGAAAGCAGCACAUUGGUAAAUUCAUUAUAAACAACUACUUAAAAUAUUGUUUAUGAACUCUCUUUACUCGAUUGCAAUAAAUGA